AUGAAAGCUCUUAUAGAUAAAAUUGAUACAAAAUGCAAUCAACAUGAUAAAGAAUUGUAAAUUAAAGACAUCAUUACAGCUUUUAUUUCAAAUUAGUUAUCCCAUUUAAAUUUUAUAGAAAAUGCAAAAAUCCCUUAAUUUUAAUGUUAAAAUACUUUUGAAUAAGGAUAAUUAGUUUUUCAAUGCUUAACAUGUUCAAAAAAUUUAAAUCAUUUAAUUUGUCUAGAUUGUUUUGAUUUUAGUAAACAUAUAGGUAUUUUUAAUAAAAUAAUUUUUAGGUCAUUAAUAUAUUCCAACUACAAUGUGUGGUUUUUGUGAUUGUGGAAAUUCAGAAAUGUUCAAACAUUCUCUUUGUACUACUCAUUCAUAAUAAAUUCAAUAUUAAGAAAAUAUCAAUUUAUAGGUACCUUAAGAUCUUUGUUAAAAUCUUGAACUUUUUAUGAAAGCUGUUGCAACUUUAUUUGAAUAGUAUUCAUAAAAAAUUUCUCAAUAAAAAGAUUCAUUUCCCACAACAAUAUUAAUGCUUUAUUUUUUUAGUUUGAAUUAAAAUAUACCUAAUCUUCAAAAAUUCAUAGAAUCUAAAUGUAAGAUUGCUGCUUAUUUUCAUCUUUUAUCAAAAACUAAAUUUUUAUUGGAAUUAUUUUAUCUUGCAUUAGAUUCUAUUAUAAAUAAUAGUCCCUCUUUAUAAAAUGUAGUUUCAUAUUUAUUUUAAUUACCACUUUAACAAAAUUCAUAAUCAAGUAUUUUAGAAUCUAUACUACAAUCAUAUGGAUUAGUUGAACCUAUUCUAUGCAUUAUUGAAUUACCUUAUGAUUUAUCUAAUUUGUUUUAACAAAUUUUCAAAAAUCAAUUUAAAUAGAUUAUGACUUCGUUAUGUUUUAGAAAAUUUUAAUCAUUUAUUUCAUAUAACAAAAUUAUUGUUACUCCAAAUAGUGAUAUCAUUAAAACUUCAAUAGUAUAACUUGAAAAUUUAAUGGAAUAUACAAAUGGAACUUAAAGAUUUGAUGGUAUAGUAUAAGGAUUGAUGAAAUAAACUGAAAUGUAUUUUUAAGCUUUAUAAACAUCGAAAUUGAUUAAUAUUGGAUUUAAUGGUUGUGAAAUUAUUAGAUGGUUGAGUACAUUUUAAGAUAAAUAAAUAUUAAAUGAAUUUGUUUUUGGAGGUAAUACAUUUGAAUUAUUUAAAAUAAUAUAGAAAUAAUUUUAAUAUCUCCAUAAACCAAAUGAAUAAUGGAUUUUCUGUCCAUCAUAACCAUUAGAAUUUAUCGAUACUUAAUUUUAAUAAGAAGACAUUGGAGAUCUUUGUAUGAUACAAAUUUAAUAAAUUUUGGGAAAUGAUUUUAAUAAUUUUUUAAAUCAUAAGGUCGAUAAAAAAAUAUUAAAAAACUUUUAAAUGAAUGAUUUAAUAAUCACAACUUUAAUUAAUAGUGUUAGUGAAGCUAUACCAGCAGUAUAUGAUACAUAUAAAGGAGAUUAUACAUAUAGAGUAAUAAAUAAAGAAGAUUUAAUGAGUUAUAUAAAAUAUUAAGGAUAUGCUUUAUAAGUAAUAAACUUAGCUAUUCAAGAUUUAUUUUAAUCAAAACUUAGCUAAAAAUAAUUUUAAAUGAAUUUCAUUGAUUUAUUGAUAGUAAAAUGUUAUAAUUUCAUUAAACUUAAACGUAAUAUCUUUGCACCAUUAGAUUUUGAAAUCAAAAAGUUUUAUCAUUAGAUAUUAAAUAAACAAAAUUAAACAAAUGAUUAAAAGACUUUUUUAUUAAAAACAAUGUUUGUACAUCUUUUUAAGAAUGCAUCUUUAUUAGAUAAAAUGUUUAUCACAUUUUUGUAUGUACAUUUUUGCUAAAAAGAUUAUAAAACUCCUGCUGAUUUUAGAUAAUAUUUAUCAGAUUUAUUAGAAGAUUCUAUAGAAACUAUUAAAAAUUGUUUUUAAAGAAUCUUAGGUAGAUGUAUUUAAACCUUUACAACUGUAUUUUACACUGAAGAUUAAGAAGUUAUUGAUACUUAUUAUGGACUGGAUGAGAAUUCAAUUAAAUUUAAAUCGGAAUCCAUUGAUACCGCUUUUGGUAAAUUAUAUCUCUUCUUAUUUGAUUCUAUAGGACUUACAGAUAUUUAUUAAGAAUUCUAAAUUGUUUCUAUUCCUUCAAUGACAUAAACUUGCGAAUUAACUUAGUAAUUAUUAUGUUUAUCUAUUUUUAGUUAAUACUUUAUGAGAAUUAUGACUUCAGAUUUAGAUGUUUUCAAUUUAUGUAUUAGUUAUUUUCAUAAAAAUGAAAAUCUACCGAAAAUCCUUUAAUAAACCUUAGAAAAAACAAUUUAAAAUAUCUUAGGUACAUAAUCUCAUUACCUUUAUUCUACAAUUUAAAAUAAAUUGAAAGAUAUGGGAAUAGAGAUUACAACUCAUUUAUAAAAUCAUGUUCUUAAAAUAUGUUCUUUAGAUUCAUCUAUAAAUAAACUAACAUUAAAAAAAUAAUAUAAAUAGAUUUAUGAUCCUGGACUAUUUUUUUUAGAUUAAUAAUUUUAAACUGUUUAAUUAGAAAAACUAUCAAAUAAAUUGAUGACUUAAAGAGUAUUAAUUUUUGGAAAUGGACUUGAAUGGGAUAUUAAACAAUUUAAUUAAACAGAUUAUCAUUCAUAAAGAAAAUGUGUACUUUAAGUUAUGUGUUCUAUUCCUUCAAUAUUUUAAAGUUUCCAUUUAAUAAAUUAAGGUUUUAUUAAAACAGAAAUUUUCAUAUAAUUCAUUUACUAUUAAAUCUUAUGUGCAAAUUACUUUUAUAAUAAUGAACUCUAAGCAUAAACACAAAACAUUAUUAAUUAAUUAUGUAAUUUAAUGAGGAAUCCAUAAAUUUAAAAAUUUUAAAUACACUUUGAACUAAUAAUUUUAUUAUUGUAAAAAUAAUCUUUUCAGGGAGAUAUUCCUAAUCUUUCUCUUUAUUGCAUCUCUAAACAAAAAGCUAAAGCAUCUAAAUCUCAAUUUAAAUGCAAAUAUGAUAAAUUAUAAUCUUCUAAAUUUUUAGUAAAUUUAAUGAAAUAAAAUUUCUUAAAUGAUAAAACAUUAUAAUAAUGUGAUUUAUGUAAAUUAUAACUUGAUGAAAAUAAAGUUAUUCCAAUGUUUUUUACAAAUAGAGUAUCAGCCAAAAAUUAUUCCAUAGUACCAAAUCUGAUUAAAUAAACAGAAAAUUCUUUUAUUUAUUAUCCAACAAUUUCAAUUGAAAUUUGUGAUCAUAAAUUCCAUGCAAGAUGUUUUGAAUAAAGUAUAAAAGAAAUGUUAAUGAAAACACCUCCUGAACUUCCAGAAUGGUAAAAAUAUGUUUGUCCAAUUUGUCUGAAAUGCUUUAAUCUGUAAAUACCUAUGAAUGAUGAUAUUAAUGCUUUAUAAUUGCAAUCCUUUAAUUAGUCUCUAUUAUUCGUUGUAAAACAAUUAAAUUAAAAAUAAGAUAUAUUUUAAUAAUACUAGGAAAAUGAAUUUAAUGCCUUAGUUGAAAUAUAUUUAUAAAUUCUUAUUAAUUUAAUUUAAAAUUUAUUUAUUAAUAUUGAAGAGUUUUAACUUUUAGAAAAACAUUUAAUAUUGAAACAAAUAAUUAAUUUUUUAAGUUUAAUAGUGGAAAAUUAUAAAAUCUGUGGGUUGACAAAUGGAAUAAAUUAUCAUUUUAAAUCUAAUAAUACUAUUUUUAAUAAUAUUUUGGAUGCAAUAGAUAAAAAUAUUAUUAAAGUUUAGAAUCAGAAUUAGUUGAAAGAGGAAAUUUAUUAGAUAGCUAAAAACUUUUAUCAUAAUUAUUAAUAAUAGAUGACUAUUUUAUGUUAUUGUUUUGCAAUCUCAUAAAAUUUAUAAGAAGAUUUUAAUAAAAAUAAAGAUUUAUAGUAAUUAUAAUUAAAGGAUGAAUUUGCUGAAUAUUAUUUAAUAAUGAAGAGUUAAUUAAAAAAGAAAAUUAUUAAUAUUUUAGGAGAGAAUUUUUAAUUAUUCCAUGACAAAUAUUUUCCUCAAUUAUGUCAUUAUUGUAAAUCAUAUAAUUAAUAAUUUUCUGAAAGUAAUGAUAUACUUGUUUGUGUUUUAUGUUCAAAAGUAUUUUGUUUAAGAAAUUGCACUGAAUCAUAGUAUGGAAAUAUUAAUAUGCAUGCACUUGAAGAACAUUAUUCAUCAUCAAUAUAUGUUAGUUUGAUAAAUGGAAAAUUAACUUAAGUUUAAGUUCCUCAUUGUCAUUAUGGAUAAUAAAUACUAUAUUAUCAUAAAUAAAUAGGAAAUCCAAUAAGAUAUGAUAAUUAUAAUCUUUUCAAUUAAAAUUGGAAAGAUUAUUUGAUAGAUUAAAAUAAAGUAGGAGAAAUAGCUGAUUAUAUUAUAAACAAUAGCUAUUAGUCAAGAUUCUCUCUGCAACAAACAGAUAAAGAUCAUUUUCAUUUUAGGGGAGAAUUGUGAGA